CUAGUUCUUACUAGUUCAGUAAAAAUGCAUUCUCUGUAGCUUCCAGGGUUCUCCCAGUGAGGACAGAAACUUUGGGAGUUAUGUUGACGACACAGAGACAGAAGAGGCAUCUUUUUCUGGCCAAGAAGAUUCGAGUGAUCGCAUUGAUAUUCUUGAAUGGGCAAAGGCAAAUAACCAUGGAUCAUUGCAGCUUCUGUGUGAGUAUUACCAGUUACAUUUCCCUUCUGGGGGUUCUACUCUUAGAUUUCAGCCUUUGGCUUCAUCCCUUGGAAUAUCAUAGACCUGAUGGAGCUGUUUUACUUAUUAAUGGCUCAACUACUGAUUUGAGAUCCUGCAGUGCAAGUCUGGAACUUGCGGAGGCACACCAUGCACUCUUGGCAGAGGAGGAAGCAACUGCAUUAUCAACCUGGGCCGUUGCAUGUAUAUGCGGAUCCAUGCGACUUGAGCAUAUCUUGACAUUGUUUGCAGGAGCCCUGCUAGAGAAGCAGACUGUGGUUCUUUGUUCUAAUUUGGGAAUCUUGUCUGCUUCAGUUUUGUCAAUUAUCCCUCUAAUUCGUCCCUAUCGGUGGCAAAGCUUGCUGAUGCCGAUUUUACCAGAUGACAUGCUGGACUUUUUGGAUGCUCCUGUUCCAUACAUUGUGAGUUUCAUUUUCCAGCUAGCCUCGUUAUCCUCAAGUGCUAGGUUCCUAUCUGUUUGGAAUGAACUAUAUCUAUUGUGUAAGGUAGGUGGAUUCUGCGUUCUUAUGUGUGCGCUAGUACUGUUGUUCCACUGUCUCAUCCAAGCUAACAGCUUAAAAGCAAACAAUCUCACUGUUAUGAUCACACUUUUUUGUCUAAUGUUGGUACUGACUUGUUCGGUUUGAUCACUUUAUAUUACACUUGUAGUUAGGUUGGUGUGAAGAACAAAACAAAAUUAAGUAAUGUCAUUUUGGUUGAUGCUAACAAGAAUCAACAAGUUAACUUUGAGGGCCCAUAAUUUUAUGCCUCGUCUAUUUUACAUGCUGAGACAAAGAACCCAGUAUUUCCCAUUACUUGUUGUAAUUAAUAGUUGAAGUCACCAGCGAUACCACAGCUACCAAAACACAGGGAGCUAUUAUAUCAUCCCUAAUUCCUUAUCAUUCGAAGCUUGUGGGAGAAAGGGCAGUGUAUGAGUGUACAGAUGUGCAGGUGUGCUUCUGCUUGACCAUUACUUUUCCUCAUUAUAAUCAAUCCUCCCCAGUGGACACUGACUAGUAGACAGCAUGACAGCACGCUGUAGUGAAUAGCAGGGAAGGUCACACGCCAAAAGUUGCUAAACAUAUUAGUGAAACUUAAUCAGUAAGAUUGCAUGUGAUGGUAAAUGGCAGCAUUGGAUCCUGAUAAUCACAAGAUUAAUAAUUUCAUAUUGUGUCCCUGCACAAAAGUACUAUGUCCUAGCUCGUAGCAAGAGGCAGUCCUGUAUGUAGUCUUUGUGAUAUAUGCUAUACAAGAUUGUCACUAGCAU